CAAACCCUAGUUUUUCGUAGACGUAGUAACAGCGAGAGAUGGACGAUAAAGACGACUAUAGGUAUCUCAAGCUAAACGAUGCCGUUUUUUGUAUACACCAGAAAGUUAGCUUAAUUGGCGUUAUUCUGGAGUUAACAAUGAGUGUUUGGAAACUGAUUGCUUAUUAUGGCUGGCGGUGAUGACAAAAAGGCCGGACUUACGGCUGCCACUAAUUGUUUGGCUGUAGAAUGAUGAAUGCUUUUGUAAGAUAGCUUUUCUGCACUAACAAUAAUUGACGAAUCAUAUAGUCAAGCUGGAAUUCCAGUUAAUUUUUCCGCUGACAGUAUGGAAAAGCUACCUCGUAUUGCUUCUAUUGGGGACAUUAUUCUGCUUUCUCAUGUCAUGAUGAAAAUUGAUGAUGGACAAGCAUAUGCUCUGUUCAACAAGAAGUUUUCUUCCUUUGCUUUGUAUGAAAGGAAGGAUGGUGAAGAUAUCCUCCCUUACCAAGCUUCUGUGAGAUUUCAUCGAAGAGAGCCCGAUAAGAAGCUUAUAAUAGGCUUGAGAAAAUGGUUUCACAGUUUUCAACUCAAGGAAGAUUUUAUAAAUUUCACGUUGUUAAAAGAAAUCAAGGAAGGUCAGAGCAUUAAUUUGGUUUGCAAGAUACUCCAUGUAUGCGAAAUACUGAAUAGUGAAUGGAUGGCCUUUGUUUGGGAUGGAACUGAUACUCGACCAGCUUUUAUUCAUUCAAAGCUAAAAAAUGAAAGGGAGGACGAGCUUCCAUUAAAUUUGGAGCCCUUUCGUCUAUCAAAAGAUAUAUUGUGUUCAUUUCCUGCUGUUGGAAGUAUCCUGAGAUUGAUCAUAGACAGAGACAUUGAAAAGCAUAUCCUUCACUUCCUGAACGCUGGCAAAUGGGUGAAAAUGUUAAAUGUACAUGUCAAAGUGAAUGCAGGAUUAUGGUGUGGUUUGUUGACACAUUUCACAAGGCUACGGUAUUUGCCAGAUGAGGACUUCCUCAUAUUGGAGCGACAAAGGUCUUUUGGUAACCGAAUGUCAAUGAAAUAUCCCCGGUUGCCAUAUUGGUGCUUUCCCUGGACUUCAGGAGUUACAGAGCUUGACUGCAAUAAUCGCGUGCCAUUUGCUACAUUGAUGGAUGUUCUCACAUAUUCAAAGGUGGCUGCUAAAUACAGGUGUGUGGUUCGAGUUGUUGCUGCAUUUCCCUGUCGGGCUGAGGAUCUUCUCUGUAAUUCUGGGAGGUACGGGCUGAGGCUUACCCUAGAGGAUCCAACUGCACGAAUCCAUGCUUUUGUUUAUGCCGAAGAUGGGGUGAAAUUAUUUGACGGUUAUCCCCCCAUCGAUGCAGUGCAACAAAAGCUGAACAAACUGCUUGGAGUGGUAGUGACCAAUGAGGGGAUGGAAGAUAAAAAUGCUCCCAGAAAUCCGCCAUGGGUACAGUUUUGUCUGAUGUCUUAUUACCUGGAUAAAAAUGACCAAUGGGGAAGCAGAAACUACAGAAUCAGUAUGACCAAAAUUGUGGGUUAAGCUUUGAUCACAUCAUUAUUAGUGCUAGCGUUGGAAAAGGAAGUUGCAUUUCUGCCUAAAAAGCUAUAAAAGGGAGUUUCUUUCUGUACAGUAUGUGAAAGUUUCCAUGGUUGGGAGGAAGGUCCAAAACCUUAACAGUUUUGAAAUACUACCUCUGUCGUCGAUUAAUGGAUUGUUGUUGGAGCUGCAUGCUCAUGGAGCUGGUUUGGCAACGCUACCAUACCAGCAGCCUCAAUUGCAUUCCUACGUUGCCUAUCGCGAAGAUACAGGGCAGUAAGAAGGCAGAGGAAGAGGAAGAGAGCUUAGUAUGGUUGCAUUUCCCUCUUCAAAGAUGACAUUAUCCACCCAUCCCUAUAUUUUUGGAUAGACUUCAGGCAAUGAAUCGAUCAGGAAAACUUAUUUAAGACAGCAUAUCUUCAAUAUAUACUUUUAUCAGAUGAUUGAAUUAUAAUUAGAGUACUUUUUUUGAAAAUAAAAUAUUUUUGUGUGAUUCAAUAACAAUCAUUAAUUUUUAUAAGAACA